UAUCUUGACCUCUUGAGAACUGUUGUGACCUGCUGUUGAUGUCAUGGCCCGAACAUAUAUAUAUAUUUUAACGCGCUCUCGACAAAUGCGCUUCUAUUAACUAUUUUAGAAAUUCACUCAAUCAAAGCCACAAACUUGGUCGACGUCACUUAAAGUGGGGGGGGGAGAUAGAAGGACAUGCCGAGUCACCAGCUACGUCAUACUGUUGUUUGGGAGGUUGUGAGAGAGGGAAUCCCGGGCAAGAUAAGCUUCGCCCUUUUUUUUUUUCUCUCUUUUUAUACCAAUAAAAAAAAAACUCCCCACUCUUUUUUAUAAUGGCAUCUAGAUUGAUCAGCACCAGUUUGAUGCGCCUUCCUCGCACUAUGGUUGCAGUUCGUUCUUUUGCCACAACUUCCACUACUUUGCAAGCUGCUCAAAAGAACUACAACAAAGUAUCUGCCGAUCCCAACUUCAAGUCUGGCAAUGACGACUUUCACAACUAUGGCAAAUAUUUGAUGUCUGUUUUACCAAAAUUCAUUCAACAAUACAGUGUUUAUAAAGAUGAGCUCACUCUUUAUGUUGCUCCCACCGCUGUCUACCAAGUCAUGCGCUUUUUGCGUGACCACACCAAUGCUCAAUUCAAAUCUGUUAUGGAUAUCACAGCUGCCGAUUUCCCCACUCGCGCCAAUCGUUUCGAAGUUGUCUACAACAUGUUGAGCAUGAAGUACAAUGGCCGUAUUCGUGUCAAGACGUAUGCUAGUGAAAUUUCACCUGUUCCUUCUGUUGUCCCCUUGUUUAAUGGUGCUAACUGGCAAGAACGUGAAACAUAUGAUAUGUUUGGUGUCUUCUUUACAGGUCAUCCUGAUUUGAGACGUAUCUUGACUGAUUAUGGUUUUGAAGGUCAUCCUUUGAGAAAGGAUUUCCCCUUGACAGGUUAUGUUGAAGUGCGUUAUGAUGAAGAAAAGAAGCGUGUUGUUCAGGAACCUGUUGAAUUGGCUCAAGCCUUUAGAAACUUUGAAGGUGCUCUUUCACCCUGGGAACAAACUGGUCCUGGACGUGAUGAUACUCCCAAGCAAAUUGAAAGUGAUGAAAAGAAGCAAUAGAUAUAAUAAAUUGAUUAUUUAUUCAAGAUGUUCUUUUUUAACUAACCAUAGUUUAUGAUCAAACAAAACAGGCUUUUUAGCAGGAUAAGGUAAUAAUUUCAUAGGGUCACUCUGCAUACUAUUGCUGCUGCUGCUGCUGCUACUACUACUACCGCUGCUAUUGCUUGUUCUUCUUUGUUCAGAUAAAGGAGUCAGAUAUGUGUUGCGUUUUUCCAAAUGUUGAAUAAAUUCAGCUGCUUUUGUCAGCACAGUACUCUUUGAAUUACUGAUCUUUUGAAGUGAAGGAACAAGCUCAAUGAGUCC